UCUUCCCUCCUAUCCCUCUCCCCUCUUCCUCCCCCUCCCCUCCCCGAAGAAAAGGAAGAGGAAGAGGAGGCCAAUAAGGAAGAAAAGAAAAAAGAAGAAGAAGAGGAAGAA